UGCUUCGGGGUUUGGAUCAAGGACAUAGGAAGCAAAAUGUCCCAGAAGAAAGUGCUUGAGUUGUUCUUUGAUGUGAUUUCCCCCUAUUCCUGGCUGGGGUUUGAGGUUCUCUGCCGGUAUAAAAAUAUAUGGAAUGUAGAUCUUCGUCUUCGCCCUGGGCUGCUAGGGGGAAUAAUGCAUGCUACUGGUAACCGUCCACCGGCAAUGGUCCCAACUAAAGGUGCUUACAUGGCAAAGGACAUGCAGAGACUGUCUGAAUAUUAUCAAGUCCCCAUACGGCAGCCAAGUGAUUUUUUCCAUGUUAUUCUUAAGAAAGGCAGUCUUGCAGCUAUGCGUUUCGUCACAGCAGUUAACUUGUCUCAUCCAGAAUUUGUGGAGCCAGUAUCACGUGAGCUGUGGGUACGCAUCUGGUCUGAGGACAAGGAUAUUACAGAACCAGAAAGUAUAUUAGAGGCUGCCAAGAAAGCAGGGAUGUCUGUAGAACUAGCAACUAAGCUUCUACAAGCCACGGACCAGCCUGAGGUGAAGAAUGCACUUAAGGAAACCACCGAUGAAGCUCUGAAGCAUGGGGUUUUUGGUAUGCCCAGUAUUGUGGCCUAUAUCAAUGGAGAGCCUCAACUUUACUUUGGAUCAGAUCGUUUUGAGCUUCUAGCUCAUCAACUUGGUGAGAAAUGGCUGGGACCUGUGCCUUCAAAACCACGAUUGUAAUUUUUCUUUAUUUUUUUCUUGCUGCAACUAAUUCUUAGACCAACCAGUGUACACCGCUUUAUAGAUUCCAAUAAUAAAACACUACUGACAUUGCCAAGUCUAAUAUA